AUGUCAGAAACUAAAGAACAAACUAAGCCGCCAACUUUUGAGGAAUUAAAAAGGUUUGAAUUUAUCAAAGUUUUAAACACUCGUACAAAAAAAAUUAAUCUAUUAGGUUAUUUGUCUACACCGCCAUCAUCAUCAUCAGAUGAUCCAACUUUACAAAAGCAUCAUGCGAUUUUAUUAGUUGAAAAAUCACAUUUUGAUAAUAAGGAAUUAUCUAACUUUACUAGCCAACGAAUCAAUGAUUGGAUGUUAAAAGAUAAAAAUGAUAUUUAUCACUGGUAUGAUGGUUUAUUGAAUAAAGAUGAAAAAUUGCCAGAUAUUAAUAUGACACUAAUUUGGCCUGCAACAGAAACUCACAUAAAAAAAUAUAGUCAUCAGAAACGCUAUUUAAUACAUGAAACUCCUCAAAUAUACAAAAAUAUUAUAGAGCCAUAUAUAGAUUCUAUACCAUCAAGCAGAAUACAAUGGGUUUAUAAUAUUUUGCAAAAAAAGAGUGAGGCUGAAAAAAUUUUGAUGGAAGAUCCAAAUUAUCAAAUUGGAUUUGUUUUGCUACCUGAUAUGAAAUGGGAUAACAAAACUUUAGAAUCACUUUAUUUGGUUGCAAUUGUUCAUCGAAAUGAUAUUCAUUCACUUCGAGAUUUGAACAAAUCACAUAUACCAUUGUUAAAAAAUUUAAGAAAAAAAAUUUUGGAAUUUGUGCCAAAAAAGUUUGUGGGAGUUGGUGCAGAUGAAUUAAGAUUGUUUGUACACUACCUGCCUUCCUAUUAUCAUUUCCACAUUCAUAUAACACACCUUAGCAGUGACACUAUCCCAGAUGGUAUAGCAAUUGGCAAGGCAUAUUUAUUAGAUGAUAUCAUAACUAACUUAGAAUUGUUUUCAGAUGAGUAUUAUCAAAAAACUAUAUUGACUUACGUUAUUGGAGAAAAUGACUUAUUAUUUUCAAAGUUGAAUGAUGUUGGUGCAAGAGUAAAUCAUGAAAAUUAUUAA